AUGGCUGCUGCACCAGUCGGAGUUUGCUACGGCAGGGUCGCAAACAAUCUUCCUCUGCCCUCCGACGUUCUCAGCCUUAUCAAAUCCAACGGAAUUACAAGAAUUCGCCUCUUCAAGGCUGACCCAGAUGCAUUAAAACCCUUCUCUGGCACCGGAAUCGAGCUUAUGAUCGGUGUCCCCAACGAGGCCCUACCUUCCCUCGCCAAUGGCAUUGUAAACUACUCUCUAGAAUGGCUUCAAUCCAACAACUUUGCCCACAUUCCUACAAAUCAAGUCCGGUACAUUGCCGUUGGCAACGAAGUCUUCUUAAAAGACUCAUUUUACACACCACAUGUGGUCCCAGCCAUUGGGAACUUAUAUCAAGCACUUCAUAUGCUAGGCGUUGCUGACACAAUCAAGCUCUCAUCAUCCCAUGCAGCGACGAUAUUAUCCAGUUCAUACCCUCUUUCCGCCGGAGCUUUCGACCCCAGUCUCCUGCCGGCCAUGGUUCCUCUCAUGCAGUUCCUGCGUGACACUGGAUCGCCAUUGAUGCUACAUAACAACCCACAUGAUGUCUCACUGGACUACGCUUUGUUCAGAUCAAUAAACGUCGAAAAUGACAACAACUUGGCUUACAACAAUAUCUUCGACGCAACCGUUGAUGCAUUUGUGUAUGUCAUUGCCAUGGUGAGAGAAGGGUUUGAUGGGAUUCCAGUGGUGGUGACGGAGACAGGUUGGCCAACGGUGGGCGGCGAAGCGGCGAGCGUUGAGAAUGCGUUGGCUUACAAUGGGAAUGUUGCGAGACGGGCGUUGAGCAAUGUUGGAACACCCAAAAGGCCUGGGGUUGGAUUUGAAGUGUUCUUGUUUGAUUUGUUUGAUGAGAAUGAGAAGGGUGGGGUGGAGUUUUAG